GUGUAUAUCCGGGAAAAUUUCUCGCUCUCUUUUUCUUUCACAGAAAAUACCCAUUUCUCUCAUUCAUUACUCUCUCUCUCUCCGUAUCACAUAUUUACUCAAAUGUCUUUUGUUGAUUUUUGUUACUCGCAAAAAAAAACGAAAACAGAAAAAUAAAUAAAUAACGACAAUUAAUCUGUCAAUUACCUGCCAUUAUAAUUUGAUAUUCUGGAUUUCUUUAAUGGGAAGUCAACUGACCAAAACUAGUGGAUCGUCGUCAUCAACAUCAACAUCACAUCAUCAUCAACAACAAUUUCAUCAUCGACAACCGCAACAACAACAACAACAAUCGUUAUCAAAUUAUCAAUCAUUACGUUCAAGUCCAAUUCAUACUGCCCAACAACAACAACAACAACAAUCAUCUAAAACUCAAAUCGAACAACAACGAUCAAUUCCAAAGAAUAUUGUUAUUGUUAAUCGUGGACCAAAUAAAGAUCCAAAUAAUAGUAAAGAUAUUUUUACAAAAUUACCAUCCGAACCAUUAUUAAAACCAUUGAUACCAAUUGGACAAUUAUCAACAAAUUUUAUUGUUACUGCUGUUGGUAAUCAACCACGUUUAUCAGUAUUACCAUUUGUUGAAAUUGGUAGAUUAUUUGAUCAAAAUCUAAAACAAGCAGCUGAAACGGUUGCUAAUGAGCAACAAAAAAUUAUCGAACGUAUACGUUUAUUUGAACAACAAUCAAUAAAAUUGUCACAAAAUUAUUCUCAAGAUAAACAAAGACGUUUAAAUAAAACUGUUGAAAAUUUUGGAAAAUUUGAUGAAAUACGAUCAUUAAUUGAUCGUUGUGAAAACGAUAUUGAAAAUUUAUUGACAACAUUUGCUAAAUUAAAUUCAGCAUUACCGGAAUCAUUGUGUUUGGAAAAUUUUCAAUCACCUAAUUAAACAAAAAACAAAAAUGAUUGAUUAUUCAUCAACAGUAACAGCUUCUACAUCACCAUCA